UUCACCUACCCUUUAUAAACCAUCGCUUCCCUCUUCUUCAUUCCUUACUUUCACGCUACUUUCCUUUCUCUCCCGGAACAGCGACAAUCUAAAAAUAUCUUUCGCUCCAUUGCAAAUCCUGCUAAACCCAUGGAGUCUACUAAAAGACCUUCUCUCUUGGAGAGGACCAUGGUUUGCCUUCCGCUUCGGCAUGGAAGCUGGCUAUUCUGGCUAUGGUACACACUGCCACAGUUACCAACACGCUUGCGUCGAGGUCCAUUUGUUAUGCCGCCUCCUUCUAUAGAACCACUUCAAGUUCGGUUUCUUGCCCAAGAUCUGGGAGGUUCUACGACGCCAGAUUUGAAGAUCACCAGCCCUAUUUCCUUGAAGUGUUUCUCUGCAAGAAACCCCUUGGGGAUAAUCGAGACAUCUUCAUGUACAGAGGGGACAUUCCUUUUUGUAGCCAAGAAUGCAGGCAAGAACAAAUAGAAUCAGAUGAAGCGAAUGAGAAGAAUAGGAACCUUUCUUCAUCCAUGAAGGCUUUGAGGAAGAAGGAUCAAAAUAGAUCUACCUCCACAAGCAAGGCUCAGGAUUACUCCUUUCGUGCAGGCACAGUUGCUGCGCUUAGUUAAGUAGAACUAAUCUAAAGAGUGACAACAUAGGGUAUUCUUCUGCAAUAUUCCAGGAAAAACGGGUAGCCAAAGUAAGGGUGAAGAAGAAGAAGAGGCAGAGCCAAGAGCCUCGCAUAAACAGUACCUUGUCUGCUUUCUCUCUCUCUCUCCGAGGAACGAGGGUCAUGACGAGAAGAGAGAUCCUACUUGGAUUUUUUUUA